GGAGGAGCAGUAACGCUGCAGACCGUCAGGCAAGAAGACCACGUCUCUCUGAACUCCUCUGGAUCCUCAGACCCUCCUGGAUCCUGCAGAGCAACACGGGCUCAGGCUGGUCUUCCCUCCAGACACCGUCAGGUUGAACUGCUGGAGUCGAGCUGUUCGGCUGUGAUGGCAGAACCAGAACCGGAACCAGAACCCGAGAGGGAUGCUGAGGAGCCGAUGGAGACGAACAUGAUGACUCUGGAUCCAGAUGAAGCCCCCAGUUGCUCCAGUCUAACCACUAAGCAGCUGCAGCAGAACUGGAGGGCAGUGAAGCGGCGAGAGCGACCCGUCAGGCUGCUGUUUGAAAUCUGCUCCUCUCGGAUCGUUGAACACACUCUGUCCAAAUACGUGGUUUAUGAGGUCGUCGUGAUGCGUUCAGGAAGCUUCGACUCCCGCCGCGUGUCCGUGGAGCGCCGCUACAGCGACUUCUCCCGCUUCCACCACAAACUGCUGGAGGAGUUCAGCGAGGAGCUGGAGGAGGUGCUCCUGCCCCGGAAACUCCUGACGGGGAACUUCAGCCCUGAGGUGAUCUCGGAGCGGCGUGUGUCUCUGCAGGACUACCUGGCUCAGCUGUACUCGGUCCGCUGCGUCCGCCGCUCGCCGCACUUCUCGGCCUUCUUCACGGAGCAGGAGCAGCGGCGGGCGCACAGCCUGCUGCGGGCCGGUCAGUUUCGGCCGGCCGCGGAGCAGCUGCAGGCCGUCUUAGAGAUGCAGGAGAAGCUGUUGCCGUGGCAGAGGCCCACCCUGAUCGUACCGACCCUCUCCGCCGUGGCGGUGUGUUACCGGGACCUGGAGGAACCGGAGCGGGCGUUUGCCGCCGCUCAGAGGGCCCUGCCCCCGGUGAGACGCUACGGCUUGAAGCAGCACCGGGCCGCGCUGCUGGACCUGCUGGUGGAUUUGGGCUAUGAGCUGGGACGUCCUGUGGCCCAGUUACAGGAGGAGCUGACUGUCCUGAGAGACGCUGAGAGGGGGGAGGUGUCCCCACGCUCCCUCAAGGAGCUAGUGGUCCAGGAGUUCACAUGAGGACGAUCCAGGUGAUCCGAACCAACAAAACACUGCAGAGCUGAACCGUCUCAGCCAAUAAACACUCAGCAGACACCUGAUGAGGAACACCUGUGUUCUCACCUCAUGACUGAACUCGUGUGAUGAGCCCCCCCCCCCAAUAUAAUGCCUCACUAGCCAUGACCUCAAUGUGAAGACGCAGAGGAAGAUUAAUAAAAACUGAACUUUAAAGACUUCAAGUUUUCUGGCACAUUCAGCCCCUCCAGGUUUCUCCAUCCUGCCCUCAUGAACCCUUUCCAGGACUCCACCCAUGGAUCCAGGAAGGUGGUCUUCCUGUGUCAGUACACAGAACAGGCAGAGCCACCGGCGGGGUGUCAAUGAGUGUCCCCACACAGCGACGUCCUCAAAGGUUUGCUGUGACCCAAAGACGUCACAUCAGACAGAGAAAAGCAGCUGAAGCAACACCUGAAGAGCAAAAAUUACCUGUUCAUCAAAACAGGUGCUGAUUCAUUACUUUUUUUUUUGCUGUUGUUGAUCAACUAAUUGAUUAAAUGCAUAAUUAUUUCUACAGUAUUAACCUGUCAAACAGUGCUCACACAGGCCUGGACUGUUUACAGAACUAAAGGAAACACAGCUUCCUCUUUCUGAUGAGCUCAAACUGGUCUGUGACUACGACUCUGAACUGGACUGAAUGAAGUGUUUUUCCAUUGGUCCGUAACUUCCUGCUCUUCCCUCUGAUUCUGCAUGAAGGAGUUUGUGAAUCUGUCUCGUUUCACAUGAAACCACAGCAGGAUAGUGAGCUGUGAGGACAGAGACACUCGUACUGUCCUAAUCUAUAAUACUACAAAUCAAUAUGUUUACUGUCUGCGACCAAUAAAGUGACUCUGCACCAUCAUCUCUGCAGAGGAACUAAUGUGUCGUCCUGUUGCUGCUUUUUCAACACAAGUUGGUCAACAGACAAACUGUUUCAACAAACGCAACUGGACUCCAAAAUUACCCAACAUGCUUCACUCUGUGUGUGAAGUACAUAAACAUCAAACAUCAUUAUAAACAUGUCAACGAAAUUCAGGAAAAGUCUAAGCUGAAGCAGUGAAUAUAUACCUGCGUGUGUGUGUGUGUGUGUGUCUUACAUAGUUUACUUGUCUUAUCACUUUUUUAAGAAAUUAAGAUUGUUCCCAAAAAUUCCAAACAUUUAAUAAGAGUAUAAAUUUAAUAAAUAGGGCAUAUAUAUUUUAUUA